ACUCCCUCCCCGCACGUGUUUUUGUUUUCAUUUUCAUUUUGCAGCUGAUGAUCGCAGGUCGAUUUUAUCCAAUUUGUAACGCCGAAACAGCGUUAGGAAGUUUCAUGUAAUUUAGUAAUAAUUUUUAAAUUACAAAAACAUAAAUCUGUGGACAUUUUAUGAAAUUUUCUUGCUAUUUUUAACAGUACUAGCAUGGGAUCUGGAAGCAAGAAAAGAAAGCACGGCCGAGGAUCUCGUUCUCCGUCCAGAGACGACGAACGUCGUCGAGACAAAGAUAGAAGAGACAGGGAAAGAGCGUCCUCCAGCAGCACUUCUCAUCGCCACAAAGAUCAAGCCUCCUCCAGCAAAAGAAAAAGGAGCAGUUCUCCAGAGGAAUUUGAGAGGUCCAGGCAAAGGCCUGUGAAAGUUGAUUCGGACGAUGACGAAGAAGAGGAUUUUUCAUUUGAAAAGUACAAGUACGAGCUCAACAUGAUCUUCUUUCGUGACGGUGACUUGAUCAAACAGGGCACUGAUGAGUAUAAAGACUUCUGGGAUUUUUUGAGAAAUUACUUGGCAAGUCAGAAGAAAUUGGGCAAAAAGUACCAGCCCGCUCGAGAGUCUCGUCUGGACCCUGAUCUUGGCAUUCCAGUGGAGUUCGACAAAAGUCACAUAAUAUCCAUUGGCCUGAAAGCAAAAAUGGAUGAACUGAUGUCAAGGAUGCCUCCAAGGGACCGCAGCACUGGACGGUGGUUGUCGCAGAAGAGAAUUGCAGAGUUCAGGGACAUUUUCCUCAUGUACCUCGACUUCAAGCAAAAGGAAAAGUUUAAGAAACUGAAAGCGCUGAGAGAAGGCCAAACCAAUUUGCCUGUAGCUCACUAUAGAAAAGAAAUUGUUGAGGCUGUGCAAGAAAACUCUGUUGUUGUGAUUGCUGGAGAUACUGGCUGUGGAAAAUCAACCCAAGUUCCGCAAUAUCUCAUCAGAGCUGGCUUUAAAAACAUUGCCUGCACUCAGCCUAGACGAAUUGCUUGCAUUUCUCUCUCCAAACGAGUAGCUUACGAAACACUCAAUCAAUAUGGCUCCGAAGUUGGAUAUCAAAUUCGAUUUGAGAAGAGCAAAACGCAGCACACUAAGAUUCUGUUUAUUACAGAAGGCUUGCUUCUUCGCCAGGUACAAACUGAUCCUGAGUUAUCCGGGUAUGACGUAAUUGUUUUGGAUGAGGUACACGAGAGGCAUCUUCAUGGAGACUUCAUGCUCGGAAUUCUGAAGUGCUUGCUGUUCCAAAGAAAAGAUCUCAAACUAGUUCUUAUGUCGGCCACAAUUAACAUUCAACUUUUCGCUGGAUUCUUUGAGGAAUUUAAUCCAAAAGUUAUUCAGGUUCCUGGAAGAUUAUUCCCAAUCAAACUUCACUACAGACCAAUAGUGCGAGAUAGAUUUGCAAAGAAGUCUGAACGUUUUGAUCCUCAUCCGUUUGUGCAAAUUUUGCAGUUGAUUGAUAAAAAAUAUCCAAAGGAUGAAAAGGGAGAUGUGCUGAUGUUUCUGAGUGGAAUGACAGAAAUUUCCACGGUAGUUGAAGCUGGUAAAUUGUACGCCCAAGAAACACAAAAUUGGAUCAUCCUUCCUCUCCAUAGUACUCUUUCAAUCUCCGACCAAGAUAAGGUCUUUGACUAUCCUCCAGAUGGAGUCCGAAAGUGCAUUGUCUCAACCAAUAUUGCUGAAACGUCAGUCACAAUUGACGGGAUUCGUUUUGUAGUCGACUCGGGCAAAGUGAAAGAGAUGAGCUAUGAUGCAACUUGCAAAAUGCAACGGUUAAAAGAGUUUUGGGUCAGUCAAGCUAGCGCAGAGCAGCGCAAAGGCAGAGCAGGUCGUACGGGUCCUGGUGUCUGCUUCCGCCUUUUCUCUGAAGAGGAGUACGAAGCAAUGUCUCCUUAUACAACACCAGAAAUUCUCAGAGUUCCCCUCGACUCUUUACUUCUGCAAAUGGUGGCAAUGGGUUUGCCUGAUGCGAGACGCUUUCCUUUCAUUGAGGCACCAGCAGCUGAGAGCAUUGAGCAAUCCAUAGGUACUUUAAAAGAACAGGGGGCAUUAACAGUGGAUGAGCACUUGACGCCCAUGGGCAAGAUGCUCUCCUGCCUUCCAGUUGAUAUUACAAUUGGCAAGAUGCUUAUCCUUGGUUCCAUGUUCCACCAAGUUGAACCAAUACUUUCUUUGGCUGCAGCCUUGAGCGUUCAGAACCCAUUUACUAACAAAGCAUACCGAGAUCCAGAUUGUGAAAACUCUAGAAAAGAGCUGGAAUCAGAUCACGGUGACCCUCUUACUCUGUUAAAUGCUUUCCGUGAAUGGCUUGAAGUAAAGCAGGAAAAUAAUGAUAACCCCGGUCACUCCACAAGAUGGUGCAAAAGAAGAGGCUUGGAGGAGCAGAGAUUUUAUGAAAUGACAAAACUGCGCCGCCAGUUUAAGGAACUGUUGCAAGAAUCGAGGCUUUUGUACUCGGCUGAGGAAGAGAAAAAAAUGACAAGCAGUGAGAGAAUCCAGCGGCACGGAGAACUUCAGUUGUUAAGGAAAAUGAAAAGGGAGCACCGGAAUGAAGAGCCUCGUAAAAGAUCGGUGCUAAAACUGGAUCCUUGGGGACUUCAAGAAAGUGGAGCAGCUGGAAUGGAGGAAGAAGGUGGAAAAAUCGAUAUCAAAGAUGUGGAAUUUCGGCUUGGAAAUGACAGGACUCAGCUCAGAAAAUUGCUCACGGGAACAAAAACAUCUGGACUGCGUGACCUCAUGAUGCUGAAAAUAAUUACUGGAAGCGGGCUUUACCCGCAGGUUGCUGUUGCUGAUGAAUUUAACCAUUCUAAGUCCGCGCCUGAGCAAAUGUUUCACACCCGAAAUAAGCCAUUCGCAAUGCUGCAUCCAAUGGGAUUCUUUGCAAAUCACCCAACAGAACUUCACCUCUCUGAAUCUGAUAUAGAUUAUCCUCCUGGUUUUACAACAAAGCAACCUGUCAGCUCCAAGCAUCAACUAUUAAUGUAUAUGACGCUAUUGGAAACUACUAAGCCAUACCUAACGGGGACCAUGAGGAUGCCUGCUGCUCAAACUUUGCUUCUCUUUGCCAGUUCAAUUGACACAAACUUUGAUUUUACUCGAGUUGUUUGUGACUCUUGGCUGCAGAUACGUUUUGCCACUCCUGAAACUGCUCAGGUUUUGGUUUCGAGAGUAGCCAAGCUUCGGGCAAAAUGGGAAAGGCUGAUAGCACUAAAGCUAGAAGACACAAAAAUAGAAGAGAAUGAUGAAAAGGAGAAAACAAGUAGUAAAAGUAGCAACGAAGCUCGACAACUGGAGGCUGAAGUCAGCAUCGACUUGAUUUCUUUCAUGAUGACUGAAGUUUUCUACGCAAUCCAAAGGCUUCUUGCGGCUGACAUUAAAGUUCUAUAUGUUGGUGAAGGAAGUAAUGAGUGCCCAGUUGAUCCCAAUCCCCUUCAAGAGGAUUUUGAAGCUAUUCCAGACAAGAAAAAGGGAGGAAUGCGGCUCACGCCUAAUAUAACCUACAACUGUUUGACAGACACUGGAGACACUAGCUGGACAGGCGUCAAGGCCAUGUUUUGCCCCAACUGCAACCUACCUCUUUCAGUUCUCCCGAUUGAAAGAAUGUCACAUGAGAUGAUAUGCAAAUCCAAAGAAGAACAGGAUGCCGCUGAAGCCGAGACGAAGAAAGAAGUCACGUGUCCGCCGCCAGGCUCUGAGAAAUACCCAGCAUACGAGUGCCCCGACUGCAAAGAAACUUUAUACUUGCCACCCGUCGAAAUUCUCAGGCACAAAAGAAGACAUUUGAAGUGAAAGAAAAAACACUUGACAAAAAAAUAAACUAAAUUUAUUUUAAAUUAUUUAUCUUUUAAA